UUUGGAAAUUCGUCAAGUGCUUACAGUUUACUACUGGAACAGGAAUUUGGCUUCAAUUGGUUGGAUUCUGUCCCGUCUUUUGUGUAAAUUUUCAAGAACGGGCAUGCGGAGUUGGGGAGGAAGCUACUUGAUUGCUAAUAUAUGUUGUUUUCGGGUUUGAUUAAAGUCAACAUGAAUGAGAAAUUCGAAGGGAGGGUGAACGAGUUCGAGGUUUGCUUGACUUGUCAUCGAUGGUUCUAAAUUAAGCUUCUUGCCAGUCUUUAAGGUUGAAAACAAUGAAAUGGGUUACGCAAUGAGUAGACUCGAGAUCGAUUCCGACCUCUGCGACGGUGGGAAGACCACCGAGAGAGCUUCUGCCAGUCAAAGCCAGAGACCCAAGGAACCAUUGGCUUACCUCGAUCAUGAAAUUUCUCAGCUCACCAAACUUAGAUCGGGACCAAGUGAAUUUUUGAGUCGGGUGGCACCUGGGAGGCGGGAGUUGCCCGUUUCUGCGGUGAAGAUGUUGUUCGGUCGAGAAGCCAACCAUAUGGGGAGGGGGAGGUUCUCACAAGCAGAUUGUUGCCAUGUUCUCGGCAGAUAUUUGCCUGUCAAUGGUCCAUCCCGAGUGGAUGCCAUGAGAAGCCGAGCUUAUGUUUCCCAGUUCUCUGCCGAUGGUUCCCUUUUUGUUGCUGGAUUUCAGGGGAGUCACAUCAGGAUAUACAAUGUGGAUAGAGGUUGGAAAGUUCAGAAGGACAUUCAUGCCAGAAGUCUGAGAUGGACUGUUACCGAUACGUCUCUUUCUCCAGAUCAACGCUAUCUUGUUUAUGCUAGUAUGUCACCUUUUGUCCAUAUUGUGAAUGUUGAAUCAGCUGCGACAGAAUCACUGGCUAAUGUUACUGAGAUACAUGAUGGUUUGGAUUUUUCUGUUGAUGAUGAUGGUGAAGACUCCUUUGGGAUCUUCUCUGUCAAAUUUUCAACUGAUGGACGGGAGCUUGUUGCUGGAAGUAGUGAUCAUUCAAUCUAUGUUUAUGACCUUGUAGCAAAUAAGCUUACCCUUCGAAUUAUGGCGCACACGUCUGAUGUUAAUACAGUAUGCUUUGCCGAUGAAAGUGGCCAUUUAAUAUAUUCUGGGGGCGAUGAUAACCUUUGUAAGGUUUGGGACAGACGGUGCUUAAAUGCAAAAGGGGAACCAGCAGGGAUCCUGACGGGACAUCUAGAAGGCAUUACAUUUAUAGACAGCCGGGGAGAUGGCCGCUAUUUUAUUUCAAAUGGUAAAGAUCAGACAAUCAAACUUUGGGAUAUCCGGAAAAUGUCCUCAAGUGCUACAUGCAAUACAAGAUUUAGGAAUUCUGAAUGGGACUACAGAUGGAUGGAUUACCCAGACGAAGCAAGAGACCGAAGACAUCCAUGUGAUCAAUCAUUGACUACAUACAGAGGCCAUUCGGUCUUGCGCACUCUGAUUCGCUGUUAUUUCUCUCCAGCUUAUAGCACUGGUCAAAAGUACAUAUACACUGGCUCUAAUGAUCAUUGCGUUUACAUUUAUGAUUUGGUGAGUGGAACCCAAGUUGCUAGACUUGAGUACCAUGAUUCAACUGUAAGAGAUUGUAGUUGGCAUCCUUCCUACCCAAUGCUUGUGAGCUCUUCUUGGGAUGGGAUCAUAGCAAAAUGGGAAUUUCCCGGAGGACGGGAAGCACCAGCUCCGAUGGUACAAAGGAGAAGCCGGAGGAGACAUAUGUUUUGAAGACUCUGAAUAGCUUAUGGCGGUACAUCUAGAAGUUGUUUAUGGUAUAUUGUUUGCAAGUGUUUAUUAUUUGAAUUAGUGUUUUACGUUCUUUUAAUAACCAGAAAAAGAAAUAGCUAUAUAUGGCUGUAAAGCCUUCUCUAUAGAAAGUCGCAGCUUCAUCACCCAACUUCCUUGUAAAGAGUUGUUGAAUGUUAUUGUGGUAUAUUAAGCCAUGAUCUCCUCUUUGUUCUUA